AAUGACUAUUGCUCACAUAUCGAAAUCUACAUCAUGUCUGGAAGAGGCAAAGGAGGCAAAGGUCUUGGAAAGGGAGGCGCCAAGCGUCACCGCAAAGUUCUUCGCGAUAACAUCCAGGGUAUUACCAAGCCCGCUAUCCGCCGCCUGGCUCGCCGUGGGGGUGUGAAGAGAAUUUCUGGUCUGAUCUACGAGGAGACUCGUGGUGUCCUGAAGGUUUUCCUGGAGAACGUUAUCCGUGAUGCCGUCACCUACACCGAGCACGCAAAGAGAAAGACCGUGACCGCCAUGGACGUCGUCUAUGCUCUGAAACGCCAGGGCCGUACUCUGUACGGUUUUGGUGGUUAAAUGUCUAAUCUCUCCAUCGACUUGGACCCAAAAGGCUCUUUUAAGAGCCACCCAAUUCUUUCUUAAAAGUUCUAUUCCUUUCCCUAUAAUGAGUUAUGAAAUGAAAUAUCU